AUUGUUUAUUGGCGCUGAACUAUUGGUCGUAUUGAAAAAAAUGUCUAAAGAUUAUGAAAAUUACGAGCAACUGUUUUGGGAAUGCAUGAUUUACCUGGAACAAUGUUUCUACAAAUGGUUAUCAUUCUUACCACAAUACCAGAUAUUGAAGGAUAACGAAAAAAUUCGAAUAAAACAAAAAUAUUUCAGACGGGGUACAAUCAUGGAAAUGGUAGAGAGAUCACUACCAGUUCACGACGUUUUAAGACUGCAUAAAGCAUUUUUCGAUCCUUUUAGUUACGUUAAUGGUGAUUUUGUGGAAUUCUCACAAAAGAUCUUGCAGUUUACCAUAGAAUUAAGACAUUUUAUUAUAUCAGAUGAACAUUUUCAAGUUGUCAAACUACAGUUGAUAUUUAAAGAUGGAAUUAUAGGAGAUGGAAAAGCAAAAUUAACAAUGAAUUAUAUGGACAUGCUUGAAGAACUGGAAGAACUGAUGAUAUACUACGAACAUGAUCAUCAUAAAUCACUUAACAAGACUGAAAAAGAAGAACUUAUGCAAUAUCAUUUGGUAUCGAAUUACAGUAAACCUUCCCUCAAUAGAGAUUUCUUAUCACUCGAUAUAUUUCUAUCGGGAUAAGAGUAAUUUCUUUUAUAUAGAAUAAUACUCUCAAUGUUGAAGUAUAUAUUGUUCAGUUGAAUGUUUAAUAAAUUGUAUUAAUAUAAAUCACUUUAAAGCAAGUUUUUUUCCUGCUAUGUUUAGUUGGCAACAUAUUCUGAGAAAUUUAUUAAAGAUAUUUUAUUGAAAUAAUUUCAUUUUGGUUCAAAAUAAAGAAAUAAUUCUGUAAACUCUCUUGUUAUACGUUUAUUUUAUAAUUUGCUAUCAAAGAAGUUUAUAAUGACGAUUAAGGUUAUUAGCAAUUCUUAGUGUCACAUGAAAGCAGACAGUUCGUUGGAUUCAAACUGUCAAAGAACAUUUUAUGUAGGGGAGUAAGCUGCUAACCACGAUUUUAUAGCAAGUGACUCUGGAUAAUUCAAGAUGUAGUAAGUUUAUUAUUUUUAAGACUUUUAACAGUUCCUGAUAUAAUUAAAUUAAGAUUAAAUCACAAAAUAAUUGCAGAAACAGCAGCAAAUGUAUACCUUUCACUAAGUAUUUACUUGUUAUA